AUGGACAGGGAGCCGACGUCAUUGCCCCAGCAGCUCGGCACAGGGAUCAAGAACCGGUUCUCCUACUGCCUCUCCCCGACCACGUCCUCAUACGUCAGGUUCGGGGAUGAGGCGGUGAUCCAAGGGAGGAACGUGCAGAGGACGCCGUUCCUCGAGACAAAAAAUAAAAGGAGUGUUACUAGCUACGCCCUCCCGUUGAUGGAUCUCAGCAUCAACGGGAGGAGGCUUGGGGAGGUUCCCGAGGGAAUCUACAUAGAUUCCGGAUCCUCAUUGAGCCUGCUGGAAACGAGUGUGUAUGUUGCUUUAUGCGGCGGCGCGACUUUACCGACAAUGUUUUUUCAUUUUACGGCUGCGCCGGCGAAUUUGUUCUUCUUUCCGGGCGGGAAUGUGUUAUGCUUGGCGGCGUUGGAGUCGAAAACUAUUUCCAUUUUGGGGUCGUUUCAGCAGAGGAACGUGAGGUUUGUGUAUGAUUUGCAGCAGAAGAUGCUGUCGUUUGCUCCUGAGGAAUGUUCUAGAGACUAA